GCCUCAAAAGUUGUAGCCUUCUUCGGUGUUAAUUUCGCUGUCAUUUUGAGCUCAGCUGAUUCUUUUAGUCACCUUGAGUUUUGUAUUUACAUGUUAACGGUGAAUGGAAGCCUUUUGAAAAAGAAACGUUUAUUGCAGUAAUUGAAUAAUUGCUUCACUAAUUGUUGUUAACAAGUCAUAGAAUACUCCACUCACUACAGGAUCUUCUAACUAAGCACGCAUGAUAAAAGGCAGUUAGGGUUAAUCAGUUACAUGUGGAGAAAAGAGAAAGCGCUUUCAGCUUUUGAUAAACAUGCGCUUAACCUUUACCGCAGGCUGUUAUUAUGCCAAACGCGGGCACAAGUUGUCCCUGUCUCAUUGAAUAUGAAAACGAGUAAAGGGUGAACUGUCUUAUGGAACAUGGCAAUAAAGUGAUUCUAUACCAUAUAAGCUUUGUGUGUGCGCGCGCGCGUGUGUAAAGUAUCUUUAUUAUUUAAUCUACAAAACAUAGACUUUUCUCACAAUACCGUGACCAAAUGAGAUGAUUUGGUGUUAAAUUAACAGUUAAAUAUCUGGUGUAAAUGAGGACACACGGGCUCUAAUGGUAGAACAUGGGCAACACUGAGCGUGAAACUGACGCUCAAUUCAGUGUCCGAGAAGCACAAAAGAGAGUUGCGUUGCUCCAAUUUCAUACUGAUUUUGCGCCUUUUUACGCUUUGAAAGAGAAAACCCUGUAGUGUUUUGUACCAAUUUUUUGGUCAUCAAAAACAAUUGAACCUCGGAUUAAAUAUAACAAACAAGCAUGUGCACCUGCUUUUUACACCACCGUAACGGCAUACAAUUUUUAUUGUGCUCACAGAAUUGCCCAAAAUGCUGAUCCGGAAUCCUCGAUAUUGCAACUUUACUAAUUGAAAAUUUCAUGCCUCUUUAUAUUUUUGAUAUUUUUUAUUAAGAGAGAUUAAUAAAGGCAAAGUUUCAAAAUAGGCUAUUUGACAUACAUCCAAAUUCUUUAGGCGGGAAAAUCGUUUUUGUCCUUAUUACACCCAAAUUAAUAUUUUGCAAUUUAUACUUUAAGCAUUUCACAAAGUGUAUAUUUUUAAUUUAUAAAACACAAUAGGCCCGAGAAAGAUCAAUCACCUCUCUAUACAUAUAUAUACUGCAGUCUUUUCACUGCCUUCUAAAGGAUCUUGACUUGAGCUGCUGGCAUGUUAAUGCGCGGCCAUCCUGCCUUCACAUCAUUUGUUCCCUCUGUAUAAAUACAGCUAUUGUACGGUGAGGUCGCAUCAAGCGAAUAAAGCAAGUCUUAAAGCUAUCAAUGGACAUUUAUUCACCCUGUCGCGUGUCCUAAGUUUAAAGGAAUCCCUGGUUCUGCGCAUGUGCAGCAUAUUCAGAUUUCGACCCAAUAGUUUGUUCCUUUUCAUAAUACAUAAGAAAACCGCAAUGUGUUGCAAUGGCAUAAAACGCAAUCAGGUUAUAAUAUACCCCCAUGUAUAAUGAUAUACCUGAUUGCACCAUAAUAUGGAACGUUAUAUUAUGGUGGCUUUAUAAUCUCUCAAUGGUUGAAAAGUAUUAAUAUUUUGUAUAACGCCAACGGGUCGUUUUCGUGUAGUGGCUGUGGACACUAAAGAAGCUUUACUAGAAAAAGGCUCUCGUUUCUAUUAAAACUUUGUCAAAUGGGGGGCACCUUAAGCAGACCCUGUAAGAUAUUCCCAAGGACUGGAUCUAUUGAUGGGGAAGUGUGGAAAAUCAGGCGGAUAGGAUCCUCGGACAGGAGGCGUUCCUCUGAUUCUCCUCGCUCUGGUCUUUGAAGGGACAUCUGUGUGAAUUCUGCUUCUCUUUGACACUACGUUAUCAAACCUAAAAACAUAAACAUCUCUGCUUGUAGAAUGACUAUCUACAGACUACCAAAGAACCCAUAGCCCUUUAGAAAGUCUUGCUUUGGUUUGAAAUAUCCUGACAUUUUAAUUCAGUUAAGAUUAUUCUCCGUACUUAUUGGCAGAAAAUUGCCACCGUGUGAAGACACGAAAAAGAUUUCCACGGUGAGGCCUGUCCCAACGUGGCGUGAAACUUUAGGAUAAAGGGAUGAAUGGGCAAAACUAAUUUCUCCACAGCUCGCCUGCUUUUCGUAACACUUGCCAUUUAACGGUGCUUCUGUAACAUUCUGUACUUUUUACCCCACACGACGAUCGUUUAAAACUAGUUCGUAUUUUUAUGUCCAUAUUUAGUUUUAAAAUGUUUAGUUAUAAAGCUUACUUAUUCAAAAAACAAUUACAUUGGAAAUAGCCAAAUUAUAGCAUCAUGCGUUAGUAAACGUUUCCAUUUCAUCUGAAUAAACUUUUACUUUUAAACUUCUAUUUUACCUUUUAAACUUCUACCUUUACUAUUUGCAAAUAGUUCAGAUAUCAAAAAGUUAUAUUAGAAGAUAAACUUUUUGCUGAUUGGCUGUCCAGCGGAGUGAAGCUAAAUUGAUGUCUUUUGUUGCGCACCAAUGAUGUGCACAGUGCAUUGAGAUGUUAAACGAGUCUCUCUUUAUAAGGCAACACACCCGGGCGAAUUCCUUCACUCCACAAGCACAUCAAGCAUUUUACAGGAAAAUGGCUGCAAAAUCGGAAAGCGUCGUUACAGCAAAAGUUCAGCCCGUAAAAAAGGUUUCCAAACCACUGAUGGAAAAGAAAAGAAGGGCACGAAUCAAUAAAUGUUUAAAUCAACUGAAAAUUCUCCUGGAAACCGUCUAUUCUAACAAUAUACGCAAACGAAAAUUGGAAAAGGCUGAUAUUUUGGAACUGACUGUGAAGCAUCUGAAAUAUCUGCAAAACACAGGAAGAGGAACCUCUAUAUACUGUGACACUCCUGAAUACCAAGCUGGCUACAGAAGUUGUCUUGCUGGUGUCAGUCAUUAUCUUAUCAUGUCGGACACAGACCGGGAAUCACAGUCGAUCCUGGCCAAUCUUACGAACGGACUUACAGGAUCCAGAGAUCUUCAUUUCAGUACCGCGGAGAGCGACGCGUCAAACGUACACCGUCAAUCGCGCCAAACAAACGCUCCUUGCCACAAAAUUCAGCUACAUUUAGACACAUAUUCGUCGAAGAGGAUGGAGAUUUGUGAUGCAGAGAGAAUAUCCUUCGCACAGGUUGGAACCCCUAGAUCCAAGAUAAAGAAAACCAGACACGUCAGCCUUAAAAAUGCAAAUGUUGAUCAGCAAAAUGUUGGGGGAUUGAAACUGAAUUAUUGGCGGCCAUGGUAAAAUGUUAAUACUGUAUGUUUAUAAGAAUAUGUUAAUAAUUUUUUCAUGCACUGUAUAUGUAGAUCCUAUUUUUGUAUAGUUAUUGCAAAUGUUUAUUUUAAUAAUAAUAAAAAAAUGAUUAAAUGUG